AUGCAGCUCUUCCGCCACGAAGUGGGCGUUGCCUCGUUGGCGCGGCUACUAGACUACCUGGAGAUCUUAACCAGUGAAAUGCGAGAUAUGCUCCUACAAUAUCAAGAAAUGAAUCUCUCGAAUGUGAAUGCCACUGGCCUUACAUUGCAAGAUUGGAUCGACAUCAAUGUUGAUAAGGCCUCUCAAAGUCCGGGAUGCUCUCUUCUUUACCCCGAGGACCCUCGUGCACUCACUGAUUCAGAGUAUUGGCCCUACUUCGCAGAAGGCAAUUGCUUGACAAUAUGUAAUAACAGCGGGUAUUUACUAGACAAAGAGUCUCACGCAAGUCGAACAACAGUGAACAAUCUUGCAACAUGUGGCCUAUGGACGACCUUAGCGACCCGUCGGAACUACUAUUCUGACCGUAUUGCCAACUGGAAUUCCACCCCCGAAUUCAUUGGAUCCGACUCUGCCAAGAGAUUCGCUCUGAAUGUGCAGAUGCUGGAUAAUGACAUUGGAAGAUUGAGUCAUUGGAGCUUAGACUGGCAAAAUUUGCAGUAUGUGGUAGCUUCAAGAAACGCUAUUGUAAAAGAACUCGGCUUCGCUUUCAGUAGCAGCAAAGUGGGGACAUACGAAGAUACAAUCGCUUUCCCAUACAGUUGUACUGGAGAUGGGCUUUUUCCACCCUUGGAGGACGAUGGCGUCGAACUUGAUAGGGCUCCAGUGCAGCAAAAUUUUGAGCUGCAGAGUUGCAUAAGGCAGAUCUGCGCCCCCAGAACCGUGAAUCCCGAGCUUGGUGGUAUUGGGGUAAGAGUCAACUCCCAUUAUUAG